AUUCAUAGGAUGAAAUGAUCAAUCCCGGGAGGCUCUGGCUAGGGUUAUCAAUUUAACUUUUCAAUGGCGUUACUCAAGCCCUGCUUGUCAUUAAAUGCUGUCAAAUUGUUCACCCCAAAAAUGCCUCGAGGAAAAUCGAAAAAAUAUGUGUGCUUUUUAUGUGGAAGAGGUUGUGUCAAUUUGUGCCAAAAUUGUAAAAGUGUGGCCUUUUGUUCUCGGGAACAUUACCUAGCUCACCACCAGCGAAAAUAUUGUUUCCCUUUCCAAUUCUUCACUGAUUCUACACUUGGAACUAAAACACUGAUUGCUACUAGAGACAUCAAGCCCCUUGAACUCAUCUUCUUCGAGUGGAAUCUUGUUUUGGGCCCAAAUUGGUCCUUAAAUCCCAUUGGUAAUCCAUCUUGUUUGGACUGUUGCAAACCAGUGGAGAACAGCUACAAGUGUGGCCAUUGCGGAUUGCCCGUUUGUAACGAAACUUGCCAAAUUGGUUCAAACCACCAACUGGAAUGCCAACUCUGGCGAACAAAACCCGACUUGAUUUCCUCUCUUUGGAGUGAAUCCGUGGAGCUUGUUACUUUGGCAAUCAUGCCCACUCGACUCAUUCAGGCCAAGAAAUUCAAUCCCAAAGUAGACAACCGAACCCGUUAUCUAUAUGAAAAUAGGACCCUUGCAGAGGGAUCAAAAUCUUGGAAUGACAUAAAAGCGGCUCUAACAGUGUUGAUGAGAGAGUUUGUGGAUUCAAAUGAGAUAUCAGAAGUGGAUAUGACUGCCACUUUAGACCUAGUCCGAACUUGUUCCCUCAUAACCACGGAAGAUCGCGAACGGGCAUUAUUCCCCAUUUUCUCACAAUUUUCCCAUUCUUGCAUCAGCAACUGCAAAUUUGUUGUCUACCCCAACAAAACUUUGGCAGUGUUAUCCAAAACCAUCAUUAAGGCCGGGGACGAGUUAACCAUUAGUUUGGUUCCAGCAUUGGAACCGACUUGGAAACGACGCGCAAAGCUCUAUAGAGACCACUUGAUCGAAUGCUCAUGUCGACGUUGUCGUGAUCCAAGGGAGCUUGGAACCUACUUAUCGGCUCUAAUUUGCCAGCGUUGUUCAAUACCUGCAACCCACACAACUGGAACUGAGGUUGAUGAGGUGGGCUGUAUCUUGCCCAUAAAUCCUCUGGAACACGACACCAAAUGGGCUUGUCCAAUGCAUCCCCAACGUGAAUUGAGCAACGAGCAAGCUCAGCGUUUGGCAAUUGAUCUCCAAAGGAAACUGUAUGCUGGAGGACAAAUCACCACCAUCGAGCGAUUGGAGGAGGUCAUUGAGACAUUCUCGAGGAUCCUCCACCCCAAUCACGCCUUACUAAUGAUGGUCAAGCGAUCCCUUUUGAAUUGCUACAGUCAAGUACCCAUCUCGACUGUGGGCCGAAAGGAACUGCAGAGGAUGAAAGAGUUGGGAAAGGAACAGCUGACCUUGUUGAUCAAGAUUGAUCCUGGAUAUCCCGACUGGAGGGGAGAUGUCCUCCGAAAUUACUCCACGGCCGAGUUGAACUUGGCCAAGCUGGAUUUCGAGGACAAACAUAUCACUCGGCCUGAGUUCUUACUGCGGGUGAAAAAGGCCAUGAUAUUCGUUCAAGAAGGCCUCCAAUGCACAUCUUGCGUUCGGGUUGAUAGGUCUGCUCACACGCAAAUGUCUAUGGAUAUUUUGGGCGAGGAGAUGUCUGCCGAUUCGAGUUAUCUCUCGGAUGCUAGUUGUUCAAGUACUUGCUUUGAUUGAUUUUGUUUAAUUUUUUGGGCCAUUAUUGGAUGACGAGUAAAUGUUGAUAAUUUAUCUUGAUAA